AUGGCUGCACGUAACCCUGGACCUAUAAUUUUGGAUCCACCUUUUGGAUUUCCUGCUUUUAAAAAUUGGGUACAACGUGAUUGUUUAUCGCGUCGUGUGUUUCGGGAGUCUGAGGUGAACACUCGGGUGUACAAGGUGGUAUAUCGCAAUAUGGGUUUAAAAGGGCAUAUCCCUAUAGAUAACAAGGUCGGCUUGUAUCGUAUACGUAUGAGAUGUAUUUUCGGUGGAUAUGGGCACGGGGUAUUCAGGUUCACUAGGAUGUCGAAAAUGGCAUUCCAACAAGUGGCAAGAGAAGGUUGGCUGCGGAAAUAUGGCUAUAGACCUGAUCUAUUCAGGUGA